AUUGCCCUUGUUUUUUUCCAGAACCAGAUUGAGGCAGAACUGAAUAAACAUUGGCAGCGGUUGUUAGAGGGGCUCUCUUACUACAGACCUCCCAGCCCAACUUCAGCUGAAAAAGUGAAAGCUAAUAAAGAUGUGGCUUCUCCACUGAAGGAACUGGGUUUAAGAAUCAGCAAAUUUUUGGGUCUUGAUGAAGAACAGAGUGUGCAGUUACUCCAGUGUUACCUUCAAGAGGAUUACAGGGGUACUCGAGACUCCCUGAAGACGGUACUACAAGAUGAGAGACAGAGCCAGGCCUUAAUCCUGAAGAUUGCAGAUUAUUACUAUGAAGAAAGAACCUGUAUUCUUCGUUGUGUCUUACACCUUCUCACUUAUUUCCAAGAUGAAAGACACCCUUAUAGAGUUGAAUAUGCAGACUGUGUUGACAAAUUGGAGAAGGAACUAGUUUCAAAAUAUAGGCAGCAGUUUGAAGAGCUUUAUAAAACUGAAGCACCAACAUGGGAGACACAUGGAAACCUCAUGGUGCCCAGCUACAGCAUCCAGCCUGCCAGCAGCACAGCCAGCGUCUAUGUAGGCACCAGGGGCUCAGGCUCCCAGAUCUCCAUGUCCCACUCUGCCAGCUUCCAGGGCAGCUGGGGGUCUGGGGGCCUCGCCAUGGGGAUGGCCGGGGGUCUGGCAGGAAUAGGGGGCAUUCAGACCAAGAAGGAGACCAUGCAAGAACUGAACGACCUCCUGGCCUCUUACCUGGACAGAGUGAGGAACUUGGAGACCAAUAAUUGGAGGCUGGAGAGCAAAAUCCAGGAACACCUGGAGAAGAAGGGGCCCCAGGUCAGAGACUGGGCGCAUUACUUCAAGACCAUUGAGGACCUGAGGGCUCAGAUCUUUGCCAAUUCUAUGGACAAUGCCCACAUUGUUCUGCAGAUUGACAGUGCCCGUCUUGAUGCUGAUGACUUUAGAGUCAAGUAUGAGGCAGAACUGGCCAUGCGCCCAUCUGUGGAGAGCGACAUCCAUGGGCUCCGCAAGGUCAUUGAUACACCAAUAUCACUCGACUACAGCUGGAUCCGGUCCUUGGAGAUCGAACUGGACUCAAUGAGAAAUCAGAAGUCCAGGUUAGAGGACAGCCUGAGGGAGGUGGAGGCCCACUACAUCAUGCAGAUGGAGCAACUAAAUGGGGUCCUACAUCAUUUGGAGUCAGAGCUGGCACAGACCCAGGCAAAGGGCCAGUGCCAGGCCCAGGAGUAUGAGGCACUGCUAAACAUCGAGGUCAAGUUAGAGGCUGAGAUUGCCACCUACCGCCACCUGCUGGAAGACGGGGAGGACUUCAACCUUGGCAAUGCCCUGGACAGCAGCAGCUCCAUGCAAACCAUCCAAAAGACCACCACCUGCAGGAUAGUGGACGGCAAAGUGGUGUCUGAGACCAACAACACCAAAGUUCUGAGACACUUCUUCAGUGCCCUCAUCCUGGUGGAAGGUAUGGAUAUUGAGUCCUUACAUAAGUGUGCUUUGGAUGACAGGAGAGAACUGCACCAAUUUGCCCAGGAUGGGCUUAUCUGUCAGGAUAUGGACCGUUUGAUGUUGACUUUUGGGGACAUUCCACAUCAUGCCCCAGUGCUUUUGGCCUGGGCUCUCCUCCGUCACACCCUGAACCCAGAAGAGACAAGCAGUGUAGUCCGGAAAAUAGGUGGCACAGCCAUUCAGCUGAAUGUAUUUCAGUACUUGACCAGACUGCUCCGAUCUCUUGCCAGUGGGGGAAAUGAUUGUACCACCAGCACCGCAUGCAUGUGUGUCUAUGGACUCCUCUCUUUCGUUCUCACCUCGCUGGAGCUUCACACACUGGGCAAUCAGCAGGAUGUAAUUGACACAGCAUGUGAAGUCCUGGCAGACCCUUCUCUUCCAGAACUGUUCUGGGGAACAGAGCCAACCUCUGGUCUUGGGAUAAUUCUGGACAGUGUAUGUGGAAUGUUUCCCCACCUGCUUUCCCCACUCCUGCAAUUGCUCCGAGCCCUCGUAUCAGGGAAGUCUACUGCCAAAAAGGUAUAUAGUUUCUUGGAUAAGAUGUCUUUCUACAAUGAACUUUAUAAGCACAAGCCCCAUGAUGUGAUCUCCCAUGAAGAUGGAACUCUUUGGCGGAGACAAACACCCAAACUUCUUUACCCUCUUGCUCAGGUUCACAGUUUGUCUUUCUUCUCAGAUGUGAUUCAGCAUUGCCAGCGAGUCAAACCCAUCAUUGAUCUGGUCCAUAAGGUCAUCAGUACAGACCUAUCCAUAGCAGACUGUCUUCUGCCUAUCACGUCCCGCAUCUACAUGCUGCUGCAGCGGUUAACAACAGUGAUCUCACCUCCUGUGGAUGUCAUUGCUUCUUGUGUCAACUGUUUGACUGUUUUGGCUGCCAGGAAUCCAGCAAAGGUCUGGACUGAUCUUCGUCACACAGGUUUCUUACCAUUUGUGGCACAUCCUGUUUCCAACAUGAGUCAGAUGAUUAGUGCGGAGGGCAUGAAUGCUGGAGGAUAUGGAAACCUUUUGAUGAAUAGUGAACAGCCUCAGGGCGAGUAUGGGGUCACUGUUGCUUUUCUGCGUUUGAUAACAACCCUUGUCAAGGGGCAGCUUGGUAGUACGCAGAGCCAAGGACUUGUGCCCUGUGUAAUGUUCGUGCUAAAGGAGAUGCUUCCCAGCUACCACAAGUGGCGCUACAACUCUCAUGGUGUGAGGGAACAAAUAGGUUGCCUGAUCCUGGAGCUCAUUCACGCGAUACUGAACCUGUGCCACGAGACAGACCUGCACAGCAGCCACACUCCCAGCCUACAGUCUCUCUGCAUCUGCAGUCUGGCCUACACAGAAGCAGGACAGACAGUUAUUAAUAUCAUGGGCAUUGGCGUGGACACUAUUGACAUGGUGAUGGCAGCUCAACCCCGAAGUGAUGGGGCAGAGGGCCAGGGCCAAGGCCAGCUGCUCAUCAAGACAGUGAAACUGGCAUUCUCCGUCACCAACAAUGUUAUUCGGCUGAAACCCCCUUCUAAUGUGGUGUCCCCCCUGGAACAGGCUCUCACACAACAUGGUGCUCAUGGGAACAAUCUCAUUGCUGUUCUAGCCAAGUACAUCUACCACAAACAUGACCCUGCUUUGCCACGUCUUGCCAUUCAGCUGCUGAAACGACUGGCCACGGUGGCCCCAAUGUCAGUGUACGCUUGUCUGGGCAAUGAUGCGGCAGCCAUUCGUGAUGCCUUCCUAAUCCGACUGCAGAGCAAGAUUGAGGACAUGCGCAUCAAAGUCAUGAUUCUAGAAUUUCUCACGGUUGCAGUAGAGACCCAGCCAGGCCUUAUUGAACUGUUUCUGAAUCUGGAGGUGAAGGAUGGCAGUGAUGGCUCUAAGGAAUUCAGCCUUGGGGUGUGGAGCUGUCUCCAUGCAGUGCUAGAGCUCAUUGAUUCCCAGCAGCAAGAUCGAUACUGGUGCCCACCUCUGCUGCAUCGUGCAGCCAUUGCCUUUCUGCACGCCUUGUGGCAAGACCGUCGGGACAGUGCCAUGCUGGUCCUCCGAACCAAACCCAAGUUUUGGGAGAACUUAACCAGUCCACUGUUUGGAACCCUUUCUCCUCCCUCAGAAACAUCUGAGCCCAGUAUCCUGGAAACCUGUGCCCUAAUCAUGAAGAUAAUUUGCUUGGAAAUAUACUAUGUUGUUAAGGGUUCAUUAGACCAGUCAUUAAAAGAUACACUCAAGAAAUUUUCCAGUGAGAAACGCUUUGCCUACUGGUCAGGGUAUGUCAAGUCAUUGGCAGUUCAUACAGCUGAAACAGAGGGCAGCAGCUGUACCUCCUUGUUAGAGUAUCAGAUGCUGGUCUCCGCCUGGAGGAUGCUUCUCAUCAUUGCCACCAGUCACGCAGAUAUAAUGCACCUGACUGACUCUACAGUGCGUCGCCAGCUCUUUCUUGAUGUGCUUGAUGGGACCAAAGCGUUACUCCUAGUUCCGGCCUCAGUGAACUGCCUCCGCCUUGGCUCCAUGAUGUGCACCCUGCUGCUCAUCCUCCUCCGGCAGUGGAACAGAGAGUUAGGUUCUGUGGAUGAAAUCCUCGGACCCUUGACAGAGAUCUUGGAAGGAGUGCUGCAGGCAGACCAGCAACUUAUGGAAAAGACUAAGGCCAAAGUGUUCUCAGCAUUCAUCACAGUGUUGCAGAUGAAGGAGAUGAGAGUAACUGACAUACCCCAGUACUCCCAACUGGUGAUGAACGUCUGUGAGACUCUCCAAGAAGAGGUGAUUGCACUCUUUGACCAAACUCGCCACAGUCUGGCAUCCGGCAAUGCCACGGAGGACAAGGAUAGCAUGGAGACCGAUGACUACUCUCGGCCCCGGCACAAGGACCAGCGUGAUGGGCAGGUGUGUGUCCUGGGCUUGCACCUGGCCAAGGAGCUGUGUGAGGUGGAUGAGGAUGGUGACUCAUGGCUGCAGGUGACCCGCAGGCUCCCCAUCCUGCCCACCCUGCUCACCACCCUGGAGGUGAGCCUUCGCAUGAAGCAGAACCUGCACUUCACUGAGGCUUCUCUGCACUUGCUCCUCACUCUGGCUCGCACCCAGCAGGGAGCCACGGCAGUGGCUGGAGCUGGCAUCACCCAGAGCAUUUGUUUGCCCCUCCUGAGCGUGUAUCAGCUCAGCACCAACGGCUCGGUACAGACACCUAGUGCCUCUCGGAAGUCCAUGGAUGCCCCCUCUUGGCCAGGUGUCUACCGCCUAUCUAUGUCCUUGAUGGAGCAGCUGCUCAAAACUCUGCGGUACAACUUCCUGACUGAGGCCCUAGACUUUGUGGGUGUACACCAGGAGCGGACCCUACAGUGCCUCAAUGCAGUGAGGACAGUGCAGAGUCUGGCCUGCCUGGAGGAGGCAGACCACACUGUGGGCUUCAUUCUGCAGCUCUCCAACUUCAUGAAGGAGUGGCGCUUCCAUCUGCCUCAGCUCAUGCGUGAUGUCCAGGUCAACUUGGGUUACUUGUGCCAGGCCUGUACCUCCCUCCUGCACAGCCGCAAGAUGCUGCAGCACUACUUACAGAACAAAAAUGGAGAUGGCCUCCCCUCAGCUGUCACCCCCCGAGUCCAGCGACCGCCCAUCGCUCCUAUAGCUACACCUGCUGCCCCUGUCUGCUGUUCCUCCAAGCAGCCCACUGCUGACACAGAGGCCUCAGAGCAGCGGGCCUUGCAUACAGUCCAGUAUGGCCUUCUCAAGAUCCUGAGCAGGACCCUGGCAGCCCUGCGACACUUCACCCCAGAUGUCUGCCAGAUCCUGCUGGAUCAGUCCCUGGACCUUGCUGAAUACAACUUCCUGUUUGCCCUGAGUUUUACCACCCCUACCUUUGACUCUGAAGUAGCCCCCUCCUUUGGGACCCUUCUGGCCACAGUGAAUGUGGCCCUCAACAUGCUUGGAGAGCUGGACAAGAAAAAGGAGCCCCUCACCCAGGCUGUGGGGCUCAGCACACAGGCAGAAGGAACAAGGACAUUGAAGUCCCUCCUGAUGUUUACCAUGGAAAACUGCUUCUACCUGCUCAUCUCCCAGGCAAUGCGGUACCUUAGGGAUCCAGCUGUACAUCCCCGGGACAAGCAGCGGAUGAAGCAGGAGCUCAGCUCAGAGUUGAGCACACUGCUCUCCAGCCUCUCACGCUACUUCCGCCGGGGAGCCCCCAGCUCUCCUGCUGCUGGCGUCCUCCCCUCAUCACAAGCCAAGUCCACCUCUCUCUCCAAAGCCAGCCCUGAGAGCCAGGAGCCUCUUAUCCAACUAGUGCAGGCCUUUGUCCAUCACGUGCAAAGAUAGGGCAGUGGCUUACUGCCCACCUACCAUUCUCCAGCACUGUUGCCCCAGAUGGUGGGAGUGUUUUGGCUGCUGGGGCCUGUCUGCAACAGAGAGCAGAUCCAGUCACCCCCUCCCCAGAGCGGCCAUGACUCCAGCCACCUACCUGCUGACAUUAUUUUUAUAAUAGAUGAAGAUGUCAACAGAAGGGGCAGAGAGCCAAGAGCCCCUUGUGCUCAGGCUGUCGAAUUCAAAAUGCCCCCAAAGAAUUGAAUUCCUUUCCUUUGAGCAUUCCCCACAGCACUUUGCUGGCCCAGGGAGAGGCAGGAGCUGGUGUACAGCUGUCCAGGAGGGAGACUCUAUGCAGGGGGUUAAAAAUCUGUUUUCCAUGAUCUGUUCUGGCAGUUUUUUUGGUAAUACUGUGGUCUAUUUAUACAUAUAUUAAAAAAUACUGUUUAUAGACAA